CUUUAAUUCCAUAAAACACAAUUAAAAUACAAAACCCGAUUUCGCGCCCUUAUGGCAGCUGCUCCUUCGCCCUCGCCUGCCCUAAGCAAUACCAGCUCCGGCGACACUCGCCCCACCACCACCGCCACGGCUGCCUCGCCUCCCGUCGCUCCCUUCCAUCCGGUGCACCGUACCGACACGCCCCCCAAGACCCUUCGCGGCCUUAACAAGCCCAAGUGUAAGCAGUGCGGCAAUGUCGCUCGCUCCAGGUGCCCAUACGAGUCAUGCAAGAGUUGCUGCUCAAAAGCUCAAAAUCCAUGUCAUAUUCAUGUUUUGAAAACAAAUGCAACUUUUCCAGACAAGGCACUAACCUCAAACUCUCCUCUAUUUAACCAUCAAUCAACCGAUGCAUCACCAUCAGGGAAUUCCCAUAGAGUUGCAUCAUUCCGGCAACCUUCGAUCAAUUUUGCUCAAUUCAAUAAUCUGCAUAUUCCGCUUCGUUCGAAGAAGCCUUUGACCAGAAAGGAUGCUGUGGCUAUUAAUGAGUGGAGAUUUUCCAAGUUGAGGGAAUACAAGGAUGGAAACAUUGAAGUGGAAAAUGAAGCUUUUGAUCGAUACAUGCAGAACGUCAGCCUAUUAGAGCAAGUGUUUUCUGUGGAAUCUAUUGCAGAGGAGUCAAUGAGGGAUGGAUCAUCCAGAUCAAACCAAAAUACUAUUACUAAUACUACAGAAGAUGACACUGAGGCUAUGGUGUCAGGGCUGAAGUUGAAGUUGAGGUCAAAUCCAAUGAGAACCAGUAACUUCCGAAAGAGGAUACAGCAAAUUGUUGACGAGGGACUAAAGAAGCUUAAGAAAUGCGAGUUUGAUGACGGGGUCAAGAAAUCAAGUGUGCCAAAUGGAUUGGAUAAAGGGCCCAAAAAAGAAGAAACACGGUGGGCUGGAAGGACUUCUGCUUUAGGCGAUCUCAUUGAUAAGCUGAACAAAGCCCGAAACAAGGAGGAUUUGAAGGCAUGCUUGGAGUUGAAAUCUCAGCUCUUCAGUGAACACAAAUUGACUGGUAGAACAGAAUCGGGAGACGCUGACAUAAUGAAGAAACAGACUGCAAAGAAUGAUUCGGAGCCCGGAAAGGAGUGGAAUUGUUCUUUUCCUAAAGUGAUUAGUGCUACCGAAAUUGAUCAAGAAACUCUGAAAAGUGUUAAUGCACACUUCUCUACCCUUGAGCAGAUAGAAGGUUUAUGAAUAAAAAGAUUCAAAAGGUAAGAUUUUGCUGUACAAUUUGUACUUUUAGUCAGUUUUAGUGGUGUCAUAGCUUAGUGUAAUUUCAUCCUUGAGUUACUGUUCUAGUUCAUGUAUCAACAAUGUCUCCUAUAUUUUACUUUCUAAAAAUGUUUUUAUGACAGUUU